AUGGGAGAGAAUGGCGCACGAUCUCUCGUAUUUCUGGCAAGAUCCGCCCAGAUAGAGCCCGGGACCGACGAGUCUGUGCAAGAGUUUCACUCACAAGGGCUCCUGGUGAACGGCAGAGUCAACAACAUGGCCAACGUCCAGAGAGCCCUCAACAACAAGGUCACGGCUGUCAGGCCCCUUGCCGGUGUUAUGAACCUGUCCAUGGAUCCGAGGGACACAAGGCUUGCAAACAUGACCUUUGAUGGUUGGCAAACGGCGGUCGAGCCCAUGGUCCGUGGUACAUGGAACCUGCACGAGGCCACAUCAAUGAAUAUAGAACUCGAGUUCUUCCUUCUCUUCUUCUGUUUCCCUGGCAUUGUGGGCCAGCAUGGUCAGGCCAACUACGCAGCAGCCAACGGGUUCCUGGAUGCAUUUGUACGGUUCCGCCAACACGAGGACUGGUCGCCUCUGUCAUUGACCUCGGCGUCAUGGGCGAAGUAG